UGCGUCGGCAGCAGAGAAGCCGCCCUGCCCGGCGGAGUCGCCCUCCGGGUCAGGUGGCCUGCAGCCGAGACCCUUCCCAGGCUCCGCGGGUGUGUCCCCAGCAGGCAGCGAGGAGGAAGGUCGCCGCCUGGGCGCAAACCGGCGGGCGGCCAGGGGGAAGAGGGCGGUGAAGCCAUGCGCGCCGUGGCCACGUCCGCGCCCAACGCGUCCUGGUGGGCGCCGGCCAACGCGACGGUCUGCCCGGGCUGUGGCGCCGACGCCUCGUACGGCCGGGCCCCUGUGCUGCGGCCGGUGGACGCCUGGCUUGUGCCGGUUUCCUUCGUGGCGCUGAUGCUGCUCGGGCUGGCAGGGAACUCGCUCGUCAUUUUCGUCAUCUGCCGCCACAAGCAGAUGCGGACGGUGACCAACUUUUACAUAGCCAACUUGGCGGCCACGGACGUGACCUUCCUGUUGUGCUGCGUGCCCUUCACGGCCCUGCUCUACCCGCUGCCCGCCUGGGUGCUGGGCGACUUCAUGUGCAAGUUCGUCAACUACAUGCAGCAGGUCUCGGUGCAGGCCACGUGCGCCACCCUGACGGCCAUGAGCGUGGACCGCUGGUACGUGACCGUGUUCCCACUGCGCGCCCUGCGCCGCCGCACACCCCGCCUGGCUCUGGCGGUCAGCCUCGGCAUCUGGGUGGGCUCGGCCACCGUGUCCGCGCCGGUGCUCGCCCUGCACCGCCUCUCGCCCGGGCCGCGCACCUACUGCAGCGAGGUCUUCCCCAGCCGGGCCCUGGAGCGCGCCUUCGCGCUCUACAACCUGUUGGCGCUCUACCUGCUGCCGCUGGUCGCCACCUGCGCCUGCUACGGGGCCAUGCUGCGCCACCUGGGCCGCACCGCCGUGAGCCCCGGGGCCGCCGACGGCGCCCUGCAGGGCCGGCUGCUGGCAGCGCGGGCCGGCGCCGUGCGGGCCAAGGUCUCGCGGCUGGUGGCCGCGGUGGUCCUGCUCUUCGCCGCCUGCUGGGGCCCCAUCCAGCUGUUCCUGGUGCUGCAGGCGCUGGGCCCGGCGGGCGCCUGGCACCCGCGCAGCUACACCGCCUACGCGCUCAAGAUCUGGGCGCACUGCAUGUCCUACGGCAACUCGGCGCUGAACCCGCUGCUCUACGCCUUCCUGGGCUCCCACUUCCGGCAGGCCUUCCGCCGGGUCUGCCCCUGCGCCCCGCGGCGGCCCCGCCGGCCCCGGGGCUCCGGGCUGCCCGCCCCCGCCCCCCCCCCCCGACGGAGCUGCGCCGCCUGGCCGCCGCCCCCCCCGCCCCCACCCCCCGGCCACCGCCGGGCCCCCGAAGCCCGGGAGAGUGCGGGUGUCCUGAGGGAGCGUCCUGCCCCCAUCCGGGCGGAUUCUGCGGGGAGAGAGCUGGGCCCCUGUGGGACAGGUGCCGUUUGA